UUGUUGAUAUUUGUUUGGAGUGUGUUAUUUGUGUAUUUGUUUAAAUCUCUCUUUAACCGCCAUUGACUUUCAAAAUCGCCUGAACAAAGUUUUUUCAAUUCCAUUGUGAAUAUUACAUUUCCUUUCAAAAAUGUUUUCUACAUCGUCGCAGAUGAAACAUUGGAUGUUUAAUGAUGAAGAGGAAUUGACCAAAUUAAGAAAAAAAGCGAAUCAAAAGCACAUCGAAGAAUAUGGGAAACAAAUUCCGGAAGCUGAUAGGUACGGCUAUUUUCUCACUCCAGAGGAAGAAAAAAUUAUGCUCAGGAAGUACGAACUACAUCUCAGGGAUUUCUGUAAGAGGUUUCAACCACAGAUGCCGAAAUGUGUUAUAGGAACUUCUUUCCAUUAUUUUAAGAGAUUUUACAUCAAUAAUUCCGUUAUGAAUUAUCACCCCAAAGAGAUCAUGGUUACUUGUAUAUAUUUAGCUUGUAAGGUAGAAGAAUUUAAUGUUUCAAUUACCCAAUUCGUUACAAAUAUAAAAGGUGAUCGAGAGAAGGCUAGUGAUAUAAUAUUGAACAAUGAGAUGUUGCUAAUGGAAGAAAUAAAAUUUCACUUAGCCAUACACAACCCAUUCAGACCUGUUGAGGGAUUCAUGAUAGAUAUAAAAACUAGAUCCAAUUUGAAUGAUCCAGAAAGACUGAGGCCUGGCACUGAGGAAUUUUUAGAGAAAGCUUUCUUUACUGAUGCUAUACUUUUGUAUGCUCCUAGUCAAAUUGCCCUAGCUGCGAUCCUACAUGCUGCUUCGAAACUUCAUGAAAAUUUGGAUUCUUACGUGACAGACACAUUGCUUGGCGCAGAAGGAGCUAGUAGAUUGCAUGACUUGAUUGAAGCAGUAAGAAGUAUUCGUUCUAUGGUGAAGAUGCUGGAUAAUGGACCUGAUAAAUCUCUCUAUCAAGCUUUAGAAAAGAAACUGGAUAAAUGCAGGAAUCCUGAGAAUAAUCCUGAUUCUGAAGUCUAUAAGAAGAGGAUGAUGGAACUGUUGGAAGAUGAUGAUGAUCUUUAUGGCACAUUAUCUGAGAGGAAUGAAGAUAUGGACAACUCAGCUUUGAAUAUAUCUCCGUCAGGUUCUCAAGAAUAUUUAGGAGAUUGAAUAAAAUAUUAAAUUCUUUUACUUUU